GACCAGCGGAAGCGCUGCACCGCCACAAGGAGACCUGCCGCCACCCUGCCUGGACCACCUAGAAGACCGUCACUCUACCCGAACAAACACCUAAGCCUGUAAUGGGACUUGGCCUCCACGAUGGGUAAGCUGGACUUAAGUCAUUUUGACGUCAGUUGGACUUAGCCCAAUUCGCAGAGGAGUAAUGCCUAAACGCAAAGACUAGUGCCGAGGUAUUCAACAGCGAGUAGAGUGUCGCCUGUGUGGCAACCAAGAGACUCGUUGGGAAAGUUGUUGAGGAGGGCCCUUGGUAAUAGUGUGUCCGAGACAGAGACGGACAAUAACAGUGGGUAAUGAUACAGGCAAGUGCGUGUGGAUGACGGUGUGGUCAGACAGAGACAGGCAAACCGAGGGAAGUGAGAGACAACUACCAACUUUAGACUGGAGUACACCAGUAUUCACACGCACAUCAUAUAUGAGUGUGCAGUUUGAACUUUCGAGACACUAGAAGGUUUGUGCCAGGGGCGGACAGCUCGACAUCCCAGCCCAGGGUAUUCGUGGCCUGUCCUUCGCAACUCUCUUCGCGGUCCUCAAGGGAACUUCCGGUUCCGAGACAACAGCGCACCGACGAAGUCCAUCCACGGCGUCAUUAGGGUAGGAGGGCGCUGAAUGGCCAGUGCGCUACCUGCAGUGGUGACUCGGCUAGCAACGCCCGGGAAAGGACGACCCACCGAGUGUUGAAGUGAGUGUCCGGCCGUAUUGGACCCAGUAGCACGAGGGCUCUAUCACACGUGGAUUUUGUUAUAAGUCACCAGAUGUCUUUGAAACUAAAACUGUUAAAACACAACAAUAUAUUGGGAAAACCAAGUCAAUAUUCUUUUGUAAUUUUUCUUAUAUAAUGUAUAUUGUGACUCGCUAUUGGUGUCUAGAAGAAAGAGAGAUAAAGAACUCCAGAGAUUUUCUAUUCUUUUGUAUCAGUCAAAUACGCGGUCAUUUUUUGUGUAAUGCUAAUUGUUGACAUAUGCCCUAUUUGUGUGUUGACAGCCAGAAGUCGUAUUCAGGUGUGACAAAUCCGAGAAAGAAUAAUCCCACUAGAAAACAAUCUGAGUGUGUCGUAUUAGCAUGUUUAUUGUUCUGUUGCAUUCUUUAUUCAUGUUAAUACAAUUUGCUACUCUCACAACACAGUUUUCAUGUGUCGCUCUAAUGAUCUCCCUUGUUUCCUCUACACGGGGGGCAACACAAGCUCGUUAAGAGACAAUAGCUAAUCCUCAAUGCGGUCCAGCUUACCACGAAACACGACAAGAAACAAGAUGAUUUUAUAAGUGACAACUUCUGUGGCUGUUUUUACAUUAAAGACAAUCAGAAGGAGCUUCUUUAUUGAUGGACAAAGAAGUUAGUAACAGAAUGGAAUGAACGGAAACAGACAGCAGGUGAUGGAAUUAUGCUGUAGAUGUGACUGAAGGACUAAGAAUGGUUUUAAAAAUAAGACAAGAUGGAAGAGAAUAAACACCCGAAUGGCGGUGAGAUAAGCGCCCUUACAUGUCGCUGUGACAGGUACAGGCAACCGUCUUGUCACAGUGGCAUGCAAGAGAUCUCACGUGGUGUGAAGAGCCGCUGACAGGAGAUUGAGCCAGUCAUGUUGACGAGCGCUAUAUAAGACCCUCCCAGGCGUCAGCUGAGGGCAGUUCCAGAGAAGACAACCGACAGAGUAGAAGAUGAGUGGUAUUCUCCUAGUGCUGGUGGCCGCUACGGCAGCAGUGGCAAAUGGACAGGUGUUUCUGAACCACAGGUGCCAGAACUUGUCCGUAGUGCAGAACUUCAACGUGGCAAAGUACCUGGGCCUGUGGUACGAGCACCAGAAAGUGGACGUGUCGUUCGAGGCGGGGGGCAUAUGCUCGACGGCCAACUACACCCUGAGGAGCAACGGCACCGUGGAGGUCCACAACAGGCAGGUGGACUCCAGCUCCGGCAAGCCCAAGGACAUUUUCGGCUCUGCGUCCUUGGACAGCAGCGUGGGCGAGGCCAAGCUCAAGGUCGUCUUUCCGUCUGAAGGGGGCAUAGAGGCGCCGUACUGGGUGCUGUCCACGGACUACACCAGCUACGCCGUGGUGUGGUCCUGCGAGAACCUGGCCUUGAGGAGCAUACAGUUCGCGUGGGUGCUGACCAGACACAAGUCCCCCAGCGAGUCGGCGCUGCAGACGGUGAAACAGGUCAUCGCCAGCAACAACCUGACUGACCUUCCCUUGGAGCUCACUCCCCAGACCUGCAGCUAGCCAGGGCCACGAGGAAGAAACCAGUCAAACAAUCCGAACACAAAAUGACGUUCUGAUGGAACAUGUUCGAUGUUCUGUUGUAUUUUAGGAGGCUUCAUAUCUUAUAUUUCUUUCCGUUUUAUAAAUACCCAAUUUGCUUGAA